AUGAUUCCGAAGAUUCGAGUGGAGUUGAAUGAGGAUGGAAUCUUCACUGUGCGCAAAGAUACUUUUGAUGACCCAGUCACUGUGCGAGAGGCUCGGGAGGAACUGUUGCGGGAAUGCGAGAAAUUGGCUGCUCGCGAUUCGAAAUUCGCGUUGAAAUGGGUGCAAGCUUUGGCGAGAUGCGAGGCUAAGGAUCUCCAUUGGAUGCCCGAUGCCUUAGCGGAGAUCUUGACAAUUUCGGAUGAGGAGAAGGUAUCUCUUCUGGAGGAAAGGAGUCUGGUAGCUCGAGCGAGACGGGUUGGUGAUAUUAUUCGUGGAAAGGUUGGUGAUGGGCAGAAGGAUAGAGAGGAUAUCGAUCAGCUGAUCGAUUUGGGGAGGAAGAUCCCUCUUGGGAAUACUGGUGAUAGGACUCGACGGGUGUUUGAGAAGGAGUUAACGAGGCUAAGUCAGCUUGAGCCGAGCUCACAGGAGUACGCAGUAACACGACAGUAUCUCGACGUUGUCCUUUCAUUGCCGUGGACUUCUACUGAGGGCGUCGUCGACUUCUCUGCAGUGCGCUCGAGUUUGAGUGCCACUCACUAUGGUUUAGAAGAGGUUAAGGAGAGAGUGGUAGAGUUGUGGGCGUUGGGCAAGAUGUCUCAUCCUUCGACUGGACAGGGGACGGAGGAGCUCCCUAUGAGAGUAACGGAAGAGAGUCUCGUCGAUUGGCUGGGCUUGCCAACCUACCCUGGAAAUCGUUGGACGCGUGGUAUCUCUCCCUCGAGUGCAUCGGUGGUUGGUUUGGGAUGGACCGAGGCCGGCGGGACGAUGCUGGAAGUAGAGUGCCUGCCGAGCUCAGAGUGGUUGAUAACGGGGCAGGUGGGAGUGACGCUGCAGGAGACUGUCAGGAUAGCGGCAAGUUGGAGCAAGAUCACUAAUCCUAUGCACGUCAAUAUUGGCCCUGAUGUCUCAGCAAGGAAGGACGGUCCUUCUCUCGGCCUAGCGUUAGCGGCACUGUUCUGGGCGCAGCGACGAGAGCGAACGGUUCCUCACGGGAUUGGUUUCACGGGGGCGAUAACGCUGAGUGGAGGAGUAGAGCGCGUUGGUGGUAUCCGAGAGAAGGUGGUGGCUGCGAGUUUGGGAGGGCUAAAGGUGGUGGUGUUACCCAAAGCGAACAAGGCGGAGUGGAAGGCGAUAGAAGAUGGAUUAAAGGAUGGGUUGGAAGUUGUUUUCGUAGAGGACCUGACGGAGCUCGAAGGCUUGCUAGAUGAGCUUGCGGAAUUGAGAAGGGAAAGUUUCAUGUAUGAAGUGUGA